GCACCACAGGAGCCACGAUACUGCCUCACUCCCUCUUUGAUUUAUUGAAGCUACUCAAAACACCCACUUCUGCUGUCUUUGAACCUUUUAUUUUUCUACGCAUUCUCUCUCUCUCUCUUUUUUUCUAAUUCCGGACAAAUCCAUAACCAAUCUACGACGCCGACUAUUAAUUUCACUCAUUUUUUCCUCGCGAUGGCACUUGGCGCGGCUACUGUACGCCAGGCAGGAGAGGACCUGGUGGUGGAGGAAGGCGCACGGUUCGUUUAAUUCUUCCAGUUUUUUCGCAUUUACGGUUUCGUUGCUAAAAAAAUACUUGUCUUUUUGGAUCGUCGCCUCCCUGGACUCACGUUCAUCACAACUUCGUUUGUUGUGUUCCCCGUAGCCGCUGCAGCCGGCCAUCCUGCGCCGUAACAUGAAGAUAAAUCAAUAAAAUAAUAUUUAAACAAAAAGGCCUACACACAGAAACUGAAUAUGGAGUCAGUAAAGAUGAGAGCCACAGCGGGGGUGAAGGAAUUUGCAGGGAAGACCCUGGGUCAUAUGCACAGGUUGAUUGAGAGGAAACAGAAAACUGGGGAGGUGAUCGAGCUGACGGAGGACGGACGGCCCCGUGAGGCCGCGGAGAAGAAACCCCCACUGUGUGACUGCAACUGCUUCGGUCUUCCCCGCCGGUACAUCAUCGCCAUCAUGAGCGGCCUGGGUUUCUGCAUCUCCUUCGGUAUCCGGUGUAACCUGGGCGUGGCUAUAGUGGGCAUGGUCAACAACAGCACCAUCCACCAGAACGGCAAGAUCAUCAUCACAGAGAAAGCCAAGUUCAACUGGGAUCCGGAGACAGUGGGUUUGAUUCACGGAUCCUUUUUCUGGGGCUACAUCGUUACUCAAAUCCCGGGAGGAUACAUAUCCUCUAGGCUGGCAGCAAACAGGGUAUUUGGUGCAGCCAUUGUGCUUACCUCGAUUCUCAACAUGUUAAUUCCCUCGGCUGCCCGAGUCCACUAUGGGUGUGUCAUCUUUGUCAGGAUAUUACAAGGGCUGGUGGAGGGAGUGACCUACCCAGCCUGCCAUGGCAUCUGGAGUAAGUGGGCUCCUCCGCUGGAAAGGAGUCGUCUGGCCACCCUCUCAUUCUGUGGCUCAUAUGCUGGUGCUGUGAUAGCGAUGCCUCUUGCUGGGAUCCUGGUUCAGUACUCGGGCUGGUCCUCUGUGUUCUACGUCUAUGGAUGCUUCGGCAUGUUCUGGUAUAUUUUCUGGGUCCUUGUGUCUUAUGAGAGCCCUGCUGAACAUCCUACUAUCACGGAUGAGGAACGCUGCUACAUUGAGGAGAGCAUUGGAGAGAGCGUCAAGCUAGCGGGUCCUGCUGAGAAAUUCAAGACCCCCUGGAGGAAGUUCUUCACCUCCAUGCCCGUCUAUGCAAUCAUUGUGGCUAACUUCUGCAGGAGCUGGACCUUUUACCUGCUGCUGAUCAGCCAGCCUGCAUACUUUGAGGAAGUGUUUGGCUUUGAGAUAAGCAAGGUCGGCGCUCUGUCUGCCCUGCCACAUUUGGUUAUGACCAUCAUUGUGCCUCUCGGCGGCAUGCUGGCUGACCACCUACGCAGCAAGAACAUCUUGUCGACUACCAAUGUCAGGAAAAUAAUGAACUGUGGAGGAUUUGGCAUGGAGGCCACAUUGCUGCUGGUUGUUGGAUAUUCCCACAGCAAAGGGGUGGCCAUCUCCUUCCUGGUGCUGGCAGUGGGAUUCAGUGGAUUUGCUAUAUCGGGCUUUAAUGUCAAUCACCUGGACAUCGCGCCACGCUACGCCAGUAUCUUAAUGGGCAUCUCUAAUGGUGUGGGCACCCUGUCUGGGAUGGUGUGCCCUUUGAUCGUUGGUACUAUGACAAAGAACAAGACUCGAGAGGAGUGGCAGUCUGUGUUCCUGAUCGCCUCCAUGGUGCACUAUGGGGGAGUGAUCUUCUAUGGGCUCUUUGCGUCGGGAGAAAAACAGCCGUGGGCCGACCCAGAACUCACCAGCGAGGAGAAGUGUGGCUUCAUAGACGAGGAUGAGCUGGCAGAAGAGACGGGCGACAUCACUCAGGGUUACGGUGCCUUUGGUGGUCCGCCUAAGUCGUACGGUGCCACCACGCAAGUGAACGGAGGCUGGGCUUCAGGCUGGGAGAAGACGGAGGAGUACGUCCAGGAAGAAGCACAGGCAGGAGGCUACGGAUACAGGCAGGAUGAGGGAUACUCCUAGACCAAACAUAGAUCCACUCACACAUGAGUAGACUUAUUUUCCUGAGUGUGCAUCAGUUUAGUCAUCAAAAAAUAUCAACAAAUGAAAAAAAAAAUACAAUCCAUUGUUGUAUUGUUUGCACAAAUUCAAAAAAGAUAAAUAGGUAUCAAUUUACUGUAAAAAUAAUUAAAAUGUGUAAAAGAUUCAAAUGAUAUUCGAUUAAUAGCGAUGUAACACAUAUCAAAUUGGCAGUCUGUAAACGUAUUAUUAUGCAUAUUGAUAAAAGGUAUAUCUAUUUGGAGUGCAAUCUUGUGUAAGUGUGAACAAUUUUCUCCCAUCUGCCGAGGCUUCCUGUCCACAUUGAAGACUGUAGGGACACAUAGAAGCUGCUCAUCAGAACCAAACCCUUAUCUAUCAAAUUACGAGUAACAAUACAACGUCCUACAAGCCAGCCAUUACAGUGUAUAGAUGUGUCACUGCACAGCGUCGUAAGAGAAACUAGACACUCUGUUGAUAUAGAUUGUACUGUAUCUCUCCUGAAUGCACUCAGAGUAGUGUGUCCUUUUUUAUGCACAAUAUGAUGAUUUUUGUUUCUUAUCACCGGCUUCUGUGUAUGUAAAUGUCCUUAACAUGUAAGUGAACUAGUGUUGAGAUUUGAGUGGCACAUCAUGAUGACCAUUUGGUUACACUUGCAUAUAAGGUAAACGACAAAAAUGUCUGUCCAAUGUUUGCUACAUGUGAUCCAUUUUGUACCUCAGCUGUUUAGCAUUUGAUUUCAGCAACUUCAACCCGACACGUCCCAGCAGUGUAGUGCAGGAGUAAAGCUAACCUCAUAACUAUAGAAAAGUCUAGUUGUACCAAUGCUAAAAGCAAUGUCCUGCAUCAAAUAUGAGAGAGAUAAUUAGAAGAUAGAACAUAUUUAUAAGAGGUUUUAGAAUAAAUUUAGAGAUUUAUAGUCAUACAGAACCUUAAUGAAGGGUUUGUGCAAUGCAAUGAUUUUGUGAAAGUACAGAAAAGCCAAAAUCAGAAUGAGAGUCUAACUAUAUGAAAGGAGCAAACCCUUAUAAUGUAAAUGAGAAUAACAAACAUAUAUUAUUUAAAUAAAUGUGAAAGAUAUGAUAAAAUGAAUAAGAGAUGUGAAAAGUUUCAGUGUCUUUAAAACUAAAGGGAAACUAGUUUAAAAUGUUAAAUGACAUACAAGUUGAGGUGAACAAUCCUAAAAAAAGUAUUUGAAUGUUUAUAUAAAGCUAUAAUUUGGACAAACUGCCAUAUUUCAUUUCCAUUACAGCAUGGCUAUGAGUUGAGACAUUUUAUGAUGUAUAAUGUAACGAUGUUUCUUCAUGGUAGUGUGGUGAUGAAAAGUGUUUUAGGCUCCUGGAAGGGAAGAACAAGGUGACACACAAUCUGUUUCUCAUUCUGCACUUACACUGACCAGGUCUGAAGGGGGCCAACUUAGUUUGUUUUAACACUUGUCUGUGGGGACCAUAAUUCAGCACUUCACGAUGUAGAUGUGUGUGGAUGUGUAUUUAUGCAUGGGACUACGUGAAAUGUGUAGUUUUGUCUUUUUAAAGUUUUUUUAUCUUUCUUUCAAACUUAUUUGUCUUUGUCUCAGAAACUGUUACUGAUGCUUCAAUUUCUUUGCACAAUCAACCAAAGGGGAAUAGCAGAGCUUGGUUUUAGCUGGAAGUCAAAUAUUUUUUUUAAGGGAGUACAGACCAUCAGCGUUGAGGUUUCAGCGUUUGGACCAUAAGUGUGCAGGUGGCACCAAAACAUUACUCAGUGUACAAAGCAAUAAAUCCAUAGUAACAGUUCUGGUCAAAACAUCAUGAACAGUCAUUAUGUAAUAGUUUUUUAUGCAUUUGUUUGAGUCGUGUUUUUUGUGAUAACAAAUGUAGAAAAUAACACUUGUAAAGGAAAAAACUGAAAUAUAUGUAAAAAAUAUAGAAAUAGAGUCCAACACAAACGUCUUUGAAAUCAAGGAAGUGCAAAGAGUUUGUGACAGGGCUGCUCACCAGAUGAGAAUGAUAAAAAGAGCUCUGUCUGAGAGGCGGACGCUCUUCUUCAUGUUCAUGUUUUUGUUUUUGUUUUGGUGUGGUCCAUUGUGUGCUGUAGUUUCCUCUCCCUGUCUCUACCCUCAAUUUUAAGUUUGAUGAAUGUUCUCCAAUUAGUGGCUGGACCCCCCUACUUAACCACACGUACCUCCAACCUGAGUUCAUUGUCAGAAUAUUCAUCUACAUUAAAGAUGAAACCUAAACAGGUGAUUCUACAUUUUCAAAGAGGAAAAAUGUGCAACCUGAAGUAGUAAAAAGUUUCCUGUUUUGUGCCUCUGAAGUUAAAGUGUGAUUCUAUGGCUUCCGUUGCUGUGUAAAUUGAGAGGUUUGUUGGUGUCGAAAUGAAAUACUCUAUAUCCUUUUUUGAUAAAAAAGCAAACUAAUCUGUGUGUCCUGAGU